AUGUCCGAGUUUGAUCCGACUUUCGUCAAUUACACCAAUAGCGAAGCUCGCGAUUACGCCAAGGGCCGUGGAAACUACGCAGAAUCCCUACACAAGAUUAUCCUCGAGCAUCACAUUAAGACCGGGGGCAAACUAAAUACCCUCGCUGAUGUCGGCUGUGGUCCUGGUAAUUCAACAAGACCGCUGGCAGCUUCUUUUGAACAUGCCAUUGGUUUAGAUCCUGGAGUUGAAAUGAUCAAUACCGCUCGCUCGCUGGCGGGGACCACUGCAAUCAACGAACCCAUUGUAUACGUUGUCUCCGGGGCUGAAUCAAUUACUAACGCAAUUCGCAUCACUUUACCAUCCGUUGAGCAGAAUGAAGGAGUGGAUAUGAUCACGGCUGCCAUGGCGGCUCAUUGGUUCAAUAUGCCCAAGUUCUGGACAGAAGCUGCUACCAUACUCAAACCUGGGGGAACAGUUGCCCUGUGGACUCACUCGUCCCUUUACUGCCAUCCGUCUAUCCCCAAUGCUUUAGAGGUUCAAAAAGCAUUCUUCCGUUUGGAAAGGGAGGUUCUUGCUCCCUUUGAGCUCCCAGAAAAUAGACUUUCACGCGAAUGCUAUGACAACCUGUUACUUCCAUGGAAUAUUAGUAACGAGAGUAUCGAAAAUGUAUUUCCCGAGUCACAAUUUGUGCGAAUGGAAUGGGAUCGUGAUGGAAUACUCACAGACGGGGAGAACUUCUUCGAGGGUUCAGACGAGACAACUGUGGAUAAUCUCUCGGCGAGCCUACAGACCGCCAGCAUGGUGACUCGAUGGAGAGAGGCACAUCCAUACCUCAUAGGCACAGAAGAGGAUUGCGUCACAAAAGCAAUGAUAGAAGUACGUCAAGCAUUAGGUGUAAAAGAGGACGAUAAUCCCUCAUUAAAGGUUGGAAAUGGGACCGCACUUUUGCUUUUCAAGCGAAUAUAA